UUAUGGUGUUGGCCGUGACAAAAGAACCAGGAAGUGCGGCAAAACAAGCUAGCUUCAUUAAUUCAGCUAGCUUCAUUGUUAUUUAAAAAAAACGCACAACUGUUUUAGCGUAGUGUGGUGUGUUUAGUGUAUUUAGCAGCUAUUGAGCCGAGCUUGUGUUAGGACCUUCAUUCUGAGAGCUAACGCGCUUUCCAGGGCAGUCAUCCCCAGCGCCUGCUAACGGCGUUUUCUCUACUCUGUUCAUUGCAUUGUCUGUCUUGGAUCCACAACUUAGCCUGAACUUAAUUUGAGGAGUCAAAAAUCAGGCGGGAAAAUUUUUAGUUGUGCUUUCUUUUGGUCUCCUAGCUAGCUCUUCUUGUCAUGGAGUGUCCUCAUCUCAGCUCCACGGUGUGUGUGGCGGUGGAUUCCUCCCGCUUUCCGCACGGAUCUCCUUCCUCAUGGUGCUGCAGUGUUUGCCGGUCAAAUAAAAGCCCUUGGGUUUGCCUCACUUGUUUAAAUGUGCAUUGUGGAAGGUAUGUUAAUGGCCAUGCUAAGAAACAUUUUGAGGAAAUCCCGUGUUCCCCAACUGGACAGAAGAAAACAGAGAAGUUUCAGCAACAUUCUGUGUGCAUGGACUGCAGCAGCUACAGCACAUUUUGUUACCGAUGUGAUGAUUUUGUGGUGAACGACACCAAACUGGGCCAGGUGCAGAGGGUAAGGGAGCAUCUUCAGAGUUUGGAAAACUCUCUGAUCAAUUCUGACAGACAGAGGAAAAGAAAACUCUCAGGGAGUUCCUCUCCUGACCUCAGGAUGUCAGCAGAAAGUGAAGGCCCUCCAGCUCGGAGUGCCACUGGCCUCCGCAACCUGGGCAACACAUGCUUCAUGAACGCCAUCCUCCAGUCUCUUGGGAACAUUCCUGAUUUUAGUUGUUAUUUUAAAGACUUGCCGGCAGUGGCACUGCGGAGCGGAAAAACUGCGGGAAGGAGAAUGUACCACACCCGAAGCCAGGGGGACAGCAGUGUGUCCCUGGUUGAAGAGCUCAGGAAAACCCUUUGUUCCCUUUGGCAGGGAAGUCAGACUGCCUUUAGUCCAGAUGCUCUGUUCUAUGUCAUCUGGAAAAUAAUGCCAAGUUUCAGGGGCUAUCAGCAGCAGGAUGCCCACGAGUUCUUGCGGUACCUACUGGAUCACCUUCACAGAGAGCUGCAGGGCAGUAAGAAUGGUUUGCCAGGGACUAGCCUGCUUCCGGAUGGCCCAAAUCUUAACUCAGGAAGCAAAUGCAGCAUUAAUGGGGCUCCCACUAUGGUCACUGCUGUGUUUGGUGGUGUCCUGCACAACGAAGUAAACUGCUUGAUAUGUGGCACAGAGUCAAAGAAAUUUGAUCCAUUUUUAGACCUUUCCUUGGACAUUCCCAGCCAGUUCAGAGUGAAAAGGACAAAGGACCAGGAACCAGGGCCAAUCUGCACUUUGCGUGACUGCCUUUCUAGUUUCACUGACCUGGAGGAACUCGAUGAAACAGAGCUCUACAUGUGCCCUAAGUGUAAAAAACGACAAAAGUCCACCAAGAAAUUCUGGAUCCAGAAGCUGCCUAAGGUCCUAUGUUUACAUCUAAAAAGAUUCCACUGGACAGCUUUUUUAAGGAAUAAAGUUGAUACCUAUGUGGAGUUCCCACUGCGAGGCCUAGACCUGAAGUGCUAUUUACUAGAGUCUGAGAACAGUCUCCCUGAGAGUUGCCUGUAUGACCUUGCAGCAGUAGUGGUGCAUCAUGGAUCUGGGGUGGGAUCAGGUCAUUACACAGCAUAUGGUCUUCAUGAGGGCUGUUGGUAUCACUUUAAUGACAGCACUGUGACUGUAGUCAGUGAGGAAACAGUUGCCAAAACCAAGGCUUAUAUUCUUUUCUACUCGGAGCGGACAGAGCAGGAGGGCACAGGCUCUGUGACCAAGCCGAAGCUUUAACCGGCCUUACUGUACCAUGAAGCCUUUACGAUAGUCCACCUUUACUACACACAGUUUCACGCUCAGCUUGAGUUAUAAUUUCACCCAUAGCAACACCAUCACACCUCAGUAAAAAUAAUGCUGCUGUGUUCAUUAUAUUAAGAAAACAUUCCUAAUGUUGCUUUUUAUCGUUUUUGUCCAAAGACCAUCUUGUGUACCAGUGGACAGAGUUGCAGAAACUGGAUCAGAUGAAAUGGCAGAAAGUGUUGUAAUUUGUUUAAUAAUAUGUAUAUCAGCUAUUGCCCACCUCUUCUUAUUUUAACAUUAGAUGACUUCAGUUUCAUAUAAAGGUUUUUAUGUAAAUGAAGUAAA